AUGGGUCACGACUCUGAUUCCAGCGAGCACGUCUGGUACCCGGAAGAGCUGCGCCGCGGUCCCCCUGCCAAGCUCCUGCUGAAGGAUGGAACCGAGUACUGCGGCUACUCGUUCGGGUACGUGGACGAGUCGUACAACUACGUCGACCCGGGAAGCGUGGAUACUACGGGCGAGAUUGUCUUUUCCACCGCCAUGGUCGGCUAUGCCGAGGCGCUCACUGACCCUAGCUUCCUGGGGCAGAUCUUGGUGAUGACCUAUCCUUCGUUGGGCAACACCGGAGUCCCUCCCACAGAGCAGGACGAGUUCGGUUAUUUGAAGUGGUUUGAAAGCUCGAAGAUCCACGUGCGUGGUUUCGUCUGCUGCGACUACUCGGUGCAUGAUUCACAUUGGUCGUCGUGUAAGUCCCUGUCGGCGUGGCUGCGCGAGGAGCGCAUCCCUGCCAUCGCGGGCAUCGAUACCCGUGCGCUCACGAAGCACCUGCGCACGUGCGGCUCGAUGCUCGGCCGCAUCAUCAUAGGGCGUGCGGCAACCCUUCCCGCCGACUCCCGCCUGCUGUCAAACUCCGCUUUCUACGACACAAACAGCGUCAACCUCUUGGAGACCCUUCCGUUGUCGCCUCCAACGCUUUACACGAUGCGAGAGGUCGAUGGUCACAAGUACGUGUCUAAGUUCGAGUUCACCGCGGCUGAGCUGAAGGAGAUUUUACAACGUGACCCCGGCGCCUUCCACGUAGCGGACGCGAUGUCCGCCUUUGCCCCGAAGCUGAAGUACGACGGUUACCCUAAGAGCCCGGUGCAGCCCCACAGUCCCGCUGGUUCGUGCGGUGCGCAGGGCUCCGGGGAGCUGUCGAACUGCUUGGGUCUCAAGGAUGUCACGCUUGUUGUGGUGGUCAACUGCGGGGCCAAGAGCAACAUCAUCCGCCUGAUGUUGCGAAUGUGCCCUCCUCAGAUGCGUCUGCUGUUGGUUCCCUUCAGCUUCGACUUCGCCCGGAUCCCCUACGACGGUUUGGUGAUUUCAAACGGGCCAGGCGACCCCAACGAGGCGCAUUCCACGAUCGCCAACCUCCGCUUAGCCAUGCAGAGGACGGCUCCGAUCUUCGGUAUUUGUCUGGGACACCAGCUGAUGGCCAUCGCCGCUGGCGCGAGCACGUAUAAGAUGACCUACGGCCACCGCGGUUUCAACCAGCCCUGCGUGGACUUGCGCACGUCCAAGUGCUACAUGACGUCGCAGAACCACGGGUUCGCCGUCGACGAGGACACCAUUCCGCCAGACUGGUCCACGUUGUUCGUGAACGCGAACGACGGGUGCGUGGAAGGUCUGAUCCACAUGGUCAACCCGUGGUUCAGUUCACAGUUCCACCCCGAGGCCAGCGGAGGGCCUACGGACACCACGUUCUUGAUGCUCGACUUCAUCUACAGCAUGGGCAAGAACGGCUGCAUCCCGCUGCACAUCCGCGCCAUCACGCCGCGUGUCCAGUGGAAGCGAAUCUUGCUUUUGAGCAGCGGCGGCAUUUCCAUUGGCCAGGCUGGCGAGUUCGACUACAGCGGCAGUCAGGCUAUUAAGGCGCUGAAGGAGUCUGGCGCCGAUGUCAUCUUGGUGAACCCGAAUGUGGCUACUGUCCAGACCAGCUACGGGCUGGCUGACGUGAUAUACUUCCAACCCAUAACGUUCGAGUUCGUGUCGGAGAUCAUCGCCAAGGAGCGCCCUGACGGUAUCAUGUGCAGCUUCGGAGGCCAGACGGCGCUGAACUGCGGCAUCGAGUUGUUCAAAUCUGGGAUCCUCGCCAAGUACAACUGUGAAGUGCUGGGCACCCCCAUAGAGACCAUCAUCAACACCGAGGACCGCGCGAUUUUCAACGAGAAGAUGGCCGAGAUCGGCGAGCGCUGCGCUCCGUCGAAGGUUGGCACGAGCGCGGACUCGUGUGUCGCCGCCGCUGCGGAGCUGGGUUACCCGGUGUUGGUGCGCACCAACUUCGCGUUGGGAGGGUUCGGUUCGGGCUUCGCCAAGGAUGAAGCGGAAUUGCGCGAGAUUUUGUCCAACAUCUUCACCGCAGGCUCGUGCCGUAAUGGCCACGAACCCGCUGAGGGCACCGCAUCCCCGAACCAGGCCGACGUUGGCCCCGGCUCUGUGUCGGAGGAUUCCACCGUGUGCGUGUACAUCGACAAGGCGUUGAACGGCUGGAAGGAGAUCGAGUUCGAGAUAAUCCGCGACAGCAACGACAACUGCAUUACUCCUGCGAGCAUGGAGAACUUCAACCCCCUCGGCAUCCACACCGGUGACUCCAUCGUCGUGGCUCCUGCGCAAACCCUGACCAACGUGGAGCUGUACAAGUACCGCGAGAUCGCCUUCAAGAUCGUGCGCCACCUCGGCAUCAUCGGCGAGUGCAACAUCCAGUUCGCUGUGAACCCGGACAGUGACGAGUACUUCAUCGUGGAGCUGAACGCGCGCCUCAGCCGCAGCUCCGCCCUCGCGUCCAAGGCCACCGGCUACCCGUUGGCGUACGUCGCUGCGCGCAUAGCUUUGGGCUUCGACCUGGUGCAGAUGCGCAACGCCAUCACGUUGGUAACGACCGCGUGCUUUGAGCCGAGUUUGGACUACGUGGUGGUUAAGAUCCCCAAGUGGGAUUUGCGCAAGUUCGAGUUCGCGGACAACCUGCUUGGCAGCAGCAUGAAGUCCGUGGGUGAGGUGAUGUCGAUCGGCCGCACGUUCGAGGAGGCCAUGCAGAAGGCGUUGCGCAUGUCCGGCGACGGCGUCACGGGCUUCAGCAGCGGCGUGUUGUCCACGGCCGACCGGGAUGCCGUCGUGCAUGGGCUGUGCCAUCCCACACCCGACCACGUGUCGGCCAUCGCCCGCGCUUUCGAGCUCGGCAUGAGCGUGUCCGAGGUGCAUGGUUUGACCCGCAUCGACCCCUGGUUCCUGCACCGGCUGCACUACCUCCACGUGCUGACAUCGCAUCUGGGCCGCUUCAGCAGCGUGUCUGAACUUUCUUUCAACCAGAUGCGGUGCUACAAGGUGCACGGUUUCAGCGACAAGCAGAUCGCCGAGGGUCUCGGCGACGCGUCAGCCACUGAGGACGACGUGAGGGUGCACCGCAAGUCGCUCGGCGUGAUCCCGGUGACGAAGGUCAUCGACACGCUGGCUGCGGAAUACCCGGCGAAGACUAACUACUGCUACCUGACGUACAACGGCAUCGAAAACGACGUCUCGGCGUGCAGCCCCGCGGACGUUGCCCGCAGCUCCUGUGACGACGGCGAUUGCACCGGCAAGUCGAGUGGCCCUGCCAUUGUGGUCCUGGGGUGCGGUCCUUACCGUAUCGGCUCCAGCAUCGAAUUCGACUGGUCCGCGGUGAGCUGCGUGAAGGCGCUGCGGAGUCUGGGCUACCGCGCCGUGAUCGUGAACUGCAACCCGGAGACCGUGUCCACUGACUACGACGUCAGUGACCGGCUGUAUUUCGAGGAGCUCACCUGCGAGAUCGUGGACGCCAUUUACCAGUUCGAAAGGCCUAUGGGCAUCGUGAUUUCGGUGGGGGGCCAAACUGCGAACAACCUGGCCUGCAAGCUGCACAGCCUGGGGCUCUCCAUUUUGGGUACCAGCGUGGAGUCGAUCGACCGCUGCGAGAACCGGAACAAGUUCUCCAAGCUGUGCGAUGUGCUGGGCAUCGACCAGCCCUCUUGGGAGGAGUUCACCUCCCUGGAGGCUGCCGAGCAGUUCUGCACCAAGGUGUCCUUUCCCGUGUUGGUCCGACCCUCGUACGUGUUGUCGGGCGCUUCGAUGCGCGUGAUAGUUUCCUUCGACGACCUGAAGAGCUUCCUGCAGACGUCGGCCGUGAUAAACCGCGAGCACCCGGUGGUGAUUUCCAAGUUCAUCGAGAACGCCAAGGAGGUGGAGGUCGACUGUGUGGCGUCGCAGGGUAUCAUUCUGAACUACGCCAUCAGCGAGCACGUGGAGUACGCCGGUACGCACUCGGGCGACGCCACGCUGAUUCUGCCGGCGCAGAACAUCUUGGUGGGCACCCACCGCCGCGUGAAGAAGAUAACCCAGAAGCUUUCGCGCUACUUGAACAUCAGCGGCCCGUUCAACGUGCAGUACCUCUGCAAGAACAACCAGAUCAAGAUCAUCGAGUGCAACCUCCGCGCCUCCCGCACGCUGCCGUUCAUUUCCAAGACUCUGAACAUGAACUUCAUCGACCAGGCCACCCGCGUCAUGGUGGGCAGCCCCGCUCGGGUGCAGAACAUCCAGCUGAUGGACAUCGACUACGUGGCCGUCAAGGUGCCGAUGUUCUCGUUCGACCGUUUGUACCCGUCUGACCCGCUGGUUGGCGUGGAUAUGAAAUCGACCGGUGAGGUGGUCGGCUUCGGCGAGAGCAAGUACGAAGCGCUCAUGAAGGCCAUGAUAUCCAGCGGCAUGCGCAUCCCGUCGCGCUCGAUCCUGAUAUCCUUCGGCACCGACGUCGACAAGUUUUUGAUAUCUCGUAAGGUGGAAACCAUGCUCGAGCUCGGCUUCAACGUGUACGCCACCGAGGGCACCUACAACUUCCUCUCGCGCAUGAACGAGGUCUCGACAUCCGAAGGCGGCAUGUCCGGCCGUUUGGACGUGCGUUCGCUGCUUUCCUCGAACCUGGUGUUCUUCGAGGACACCAUCACCGACGGCUGGUCGCGCAACGCCGACCAAAGGCCGCGUGGCAAGCUGCUGCCGGCCUACAAGCCCAGCGACGGCCGCGAGCCCAGCGCGGUGAGCCUGAUGAAGAGCGGCGAGGUGGACAUGUUCAUUAACGUCGCUGGCCGCGUGAACCCCGGGCGCACGUCGGACGGGUACAUCAUGCGGCGCGCCGCCGUGGACAACAAGGUGACCCUGAUCACCAGCAACAAGCUGGCGCUCCUGGUGAUCGACGCGCUGGUCAUGCGCCACAUCCGCAGUUCCAAGGGCAAGGUCUUCUUCCACAACAAAAGCCACCAGGAGUACGUGAACUAG